CAAAUUAGGAUACAAUCAAGUGAACAUGUUCUUGAAAGUAGCUUUGUUCACCGCCUUGGUGGCUUCCGUAUCUGCCUUCCGCCCAAGAUUGGACGGUCGCAUUGUUGGAGGUCAUGACUCUAACAUCGUAGACUUCCCAUACCAACUGUCCCUCUGCUACAACGGUGGACACAUCUGCGGCGCUGUCUUGAUCAGCACCAAAUUCGCCAUCACCGCUGCUCACUGCACCAACGGACUUCCAUCCCAUGAACCCCUUACCAUUCGUGCUGGACACUCCAGACUGAACGAAGGUUUCGAAGUCAACAUUUCCAACAUCAUCCAGAACCCACAAUUCGACCCAAUGUAUCUUGACUACGAUAUAACCGUCAUCGAAUUGGCCGAAUACCUCCCAGUCACCCCUGAAGUCAUUCCUAUCUCCAUGGCUAGCGCUGACUACCCAGAAGAUUAUGAAGCGAUCGUCUCCGGAUGGGGCGCUCUCAGCGAAACUGGCACCAUCUUGUCCCCAAUUCUUCAAUCUGUUUCUGUUAAAAUCAUGAGCAGGGAGAACUGCUCCAAAAUCUUCGCUGGAAUCACCGAGCGUAUGGUCUGUGCUGGUGCCAUGGAAGGAGGAAAAGACGCUUGCCAGGGUGACUCUGGUGGCCCAAUCGUUGCUAACGGACAACUUAUUGGUUUGGUUUCUUGGGGAUACGGAUGCGCUCGUCCAGGUUAUCCAGGUGUCUACUCUAAUGUUGCUAGCAUGCGCGACUUCAUUGGUCAAAACACUGGAGUCUAAAUGUAUCCUCUCAGUAAUAACUUCCAAAUAAAAGUAAAAUUUAACUUA